ACGUCAUUGGUCGGCGCCGGGAAACCUGCCAUUCUUCGCUGCUGAUCGCGGGAUUCUUUUUGGAUAGGUUUGACGUUCGUGGAUAGACACAUAUCUGAGACCAGUGUCCGCCACCGCGGAUGGCAAGAGACCUGAUCGGACCGGCCCUGCCGCCCGGCUUCAAGGCCCGCGGAACAGCGGAGGACGAAGAGCGGGACCCGAGCCCUGUUGCAGGACCAGCUCUGCCCCCUAAUUAUAAAAGCAGUAGUUCAGAUUCAUCAGACAGCGAUGAAGACAGUAGUUCUUUGUACGAAGAAGGAAAUCAAGAAUCUGAAGAAGAUGACACUGGUCCAACUGCAAGAAAACAGAGGAAAAAUCAGGAUGAUGACAAUGAUGAUGAUGAUGAUGAUGAUGAUGAUGAUGGGUUUUUUGGACCAGCCCUUCCUCCUGGAUUUAAAAAGCAGGAUGAUUCUCCUCCAAGGCCCAUAAUAGGUCCUGCAUUGCCACCUGGUUUCAUUAAAUCUACACAGAAAAGUGACAAGGGCAGAGAUGAUCCAGGACAACAGGAAACAGACAGCAGUGAAGAUGAGGAUAUUAUUGGACCAAUGCCUGCAAAAGGACCAGUUAACUAUAAUGUAACGACAGAGUUUGAAAAAAGGGCCCAGAGAAUGAAAGAAAAACUGACCAAAGGAGAUGAUGAUUCAUCUAAACCCAUUGUAAGAGAGUCAUGGAUGACUGAACUUCCUGCAGAAAUGAAAGACUUUGGUCUUGGGCCAAGGACUUUUAAGAGAAGAGCUGAUGACACAUCUGGAGAUCGAUCAGUCUGGACAGAUACUCCAGCUGAUAGGGAAAGGAAAGCUAAGGAAACACAAGAAGCAAGGAAGUCAUCCAGUAAGAAAGAUGAAGAACAUAUAUUAUCAGGAAGAGAUAAGAGACUGGCUGAGCAGGUAUCUUCAUACAAUGAAUCAAAAAGAUCAGAAUCUCUUAUGGACAUACAUCAUAAAAAGUUAAAGAGUAAGGCUGCUGAAGACAAAAAUAAGCCUCAAGAGAGAAUACCAUUUGAUCGUGAUAAAGAUCUCAAGGUUAAUCGGUUUGAUGAAGCUCAGAAAAAAGCCCUAAUAAAAAAAUCUAGAGAACUAAACACCAGAUUUUCACAUGGCAAAGGCAAUAUGUUUUUAUAAGGGGAUUUCCCUGUGCAAUGAAGAAAAGUUGAAGAAUACUCUUUGUCCAUCUUUAUUUCUUUGUUUUUGGCUUCUUAAGAUUAGAGAUUACUUUAAUCUUAAAAAACAUACAAAUUUACCUUGUUCUGUGUGUUCUUUUAAGGUCAUGUGGAAACAUAAAACGAACGUUUUUUAUGUAGAACAGAAUAUUCUAUGUGCCUUUAGCUUCUGUGGAAGUAUGGGGAAUUAUGGGCUUUUCUUCAAAUAAUUAUUUUAAGAGGCUUCCAUUUCCCCUGAUUUUUGUGGUGUCUCACAAGUACCCUCUAAGGUCUGGUCAGGACUGACCACCAAAUCCCUACCACAGCCUGGACAGCCUCGUGAAAUAUACCUAACCUGCGCUAGAGUCAGUGUGUCAAGUCCUUCCUGUAAAUCCAUGACUUUGAAAUUUGUUGUUUUUUCCCUUUAAACUGCAGCCAGUGAAUACAAAUUUACUUGAAAAUAGAGGGUAUGGGGGUUUGCCUGUUUUGUAAUCAGUUUGCUUGUUUUAGCACUCAGGGCUUUUUAUUUGUUAUUUAAUUUUUUUAAUUGUUUUUAAGUCAGAAAGAUCUCUGGGUUAUCUCAUGUGCUAAGGAAAAACUAUUUUGGUUUUUCCAACUUUAAUAGUAUUUCUAGGGGAGGCAAUCAGGAUUAGAUAUACCAUUAACUGUUAGCAGUGUGAAAUCUGUAAGACUCAAUCUCUAUGAUCUCAACCAAAGCUUUCUGAGUCCUGGAACUUUGCUUUGGGACAACUUUACUUUACUCAUUUAUAUGCUGUACUUAACAGUUUGUAGCUAAUUUACGGGGUCAUCUCUUUUUUUUAGCUAAUUUACGGGGGUCAUAUCAAUCAUGAAUAGCCUUUUUUAAAAAUUUAAUAAUCCCUGAAUACAAAAAUGGAAAUGGAAAAUUUAUAAUCAUAACCCCCCUAAUUGGGAGUAUUAUGUUUGUAAUGCUUUAAGCACUGCCUCUUAAGAUGAUAAAUUUAUAAGAUGAGAAAUUCUAUUUAAACUGUUAAACUAUUGUUAAAUAAAUGCCAAUUCUAUAAGUUAUAUUUUCUUGCAGGUUAAUCCCAAUUGUUCCACUAGUAUUCUAGUUUUGAUGAGACACAAAUUUUUGUUGUUGUUUAUUUUUGUUUUUUUGAGAGGUGGAAUCUUGCUCUGUCACCCAGGCUGGAGUAGAGUGGCGUGAUCUCGGCUUACUGCAACCUCCGCCUCCUGGGUUCAAGCGAUUCUCCUGCCUCAGUGUCCCAAGUAGCUGGGACUACAGGUGUGCACCACCACGCUCAGCUAAUUUUUGUAUUUUUUAGUAGAGAUGGGGUUUCACUAUAUAUUGUUCCAGGCUGGUCUCGAACUCCAGACCUCAGGUGAUCUACCUGCCUCGGCCUCCCAAAGUACUGGGAUUACAGGCAUGAGUCACCACGCCUGGCCAAGACACAAAUUUUUAAUGGAAAAAGAUUCUGAUUCCCAGUUCAUGUAAGCUUUAUGAAAAUUGAGUAUACUGUUUAUGAUGGUACAAAUUCUUCUUCCUCUAAUAAUAGCAGUACAAUAUAUUUUUUCCAUAGCGUCAGUGUAAACCAUAGCAAACUAAAGGAGCAUUGCUAUUAAAAAGAUGAAUUAGCUGGGCACAGUGGCUCACACCUAUAAUCCCAGCACUUUGGGAGGCUGAGGUGGGUGGAUCACCUGAGGUCAGGAGUUCAAGACCAGCCUGACCAACAUGGUAAAAUCCUGUCUCUAUUAAAAAUAUAAAAAUUGGUCGGGCCUGGUGGCGGGUGCUUGUAAUCCCUGCUACUCAGGAGGCUGAAACAGGAGAAUCACUUGAACCUGGGAGGCGGAGGUUGCAGUGAGCCAAGAUCACACCAUUGCACUCCAGCCUGGGCAACAAGAGUGAAACUCCAUCUCUAAAUAAAUAAAUAAAUAAAUAGAUGAAUUAUUCUCCUAAGCAAAUUGAAAAAGCUUCUUGUGUACUCAAAAUUGAACAGAGCUACCUUUUGACUAAAAAUGUCAUUUUUAAUGAGCAGUAUUUUCUGAACACAAAAUUUUGUACAAGAAUGUCUCCAUUGCAUUAAUUUAAUUUUGUUAUAAUUUUUCCCAAUGAAAGGAAAAAGUAUUUUCUAGCUCCUCUUCCUUAUGUUAAUUCUUAACAUAUAUUUUUGAGAAAUUUGUAUUUUUUAAAGUAAAAUUGUUAUCUUUGAAUACUUACUUUUCUUUGUUUUCCUCAUUUAAAGAGAAUAGGGAUAUUUCUGUAUUAUGUAUUUACUGUUUCAUCCCUCCCCUUUGGAGUGACCAUGACCUUGGCAUGAAGGAGAGAAACUUCUGCUUUCCGCCUAAUGCUUCCAGGAGUUAUUACCUUACUGGCCUUGGAGCUAAUGCUCUUUUGUGCCAACCUGAGGAUAAUUUUAACAAAAUGUAAGGCCAGUUUCAGAGGUUGUUUUGCCCCACAGAGAGACUAAUCCCAAUACAAGAAUAUUGACAACAAAAGGACAAAGUAGUUAUUGCACAGGAUGGAAAGGUGUCUUUAUUUCAUCCCUUCCCCACUUCCAAAGAUGCAAAAGGCCUAAUUGAGUCGUCUCCUUUCCAUCUGGCAGGAGACAUUUUAAUAAGGACUUUUUAAUUUCCUACAUUUCUUGGCCAAGUGUCAUAGGAAUGUGGCCUCUUGAAAUUUAAAAAUGAAGAAGAAAAAAAGAGCAACACUAAGUUCAUAUAAUAGAGCAGAUACUUUUAAUGUUCUUACCGUUGAAUGUGCCAUUUAAGUUUGUUAUACUUGAAAUUAUAUGAUUUUUGUCCAGCUCUCUAAAUUGUCAUCUCCAAUAGAUUUAGAUGCUUCUAUAAAUAGUAACCACAUUACUGGUAAGUAAAUGCUGGGGUUAUUGGGUUUAGCAAGUGGGGAAGUAAGGAGGGGUGAACAAAACACGAGAGAUGGUGGCUACACCCCUAGUAAGACUGCCUUACCAGGUAAAUGAAAUCCUUUUUGUAUUAGGCACAACAUAGUAAAUUAAGUCUUGCUCUAAAAAAAAAAAAGAGAAAAGAAAAAAGAAAAGCCCUGAUCUAAGAGUUUUUAAUCUUGUUUAGAUGUAGCAACCACUUGAUAUUUAAUUUAUCAUCUUAACAUUGAAUGAUUCUUUGUUUUGUUUUUUGUUUUUGAGAUGGAGUCUCACUCUUGCUGCCCAGGCUGGAGUGCAGUGGCGUGAUCUCGGCUCACUGCAACCUCCACCUCCCGGGUUCAAGCGAUUCUUCUGCCUCAGCCUCCUGAGUAGCUGGGACUACAGGCGCCUGCCACCGUGCCUGGCUAAUUUUUGUAUUUUUAGUAGAGACGGGGUUUCACCAUGUUAGUCAGGCUGGUCUCGAACUCCUGACCUCAGGUGAUCCGCCCACCUUGGCCUCCCAAAGUGCUGGGAUUACAGGCGUGAGCCACCGCGCCUGUCCUGAAUGAUUCUUUGAAUUAACAAUUUAUUUAGAAGUGAGAUUGAGAUUGGCCAGGUGUGGUGGCUCACGCCUAUAAUUCUAGCACUUUGGGAGGCUGAGGCAGGCAGAUUGCCUGAGCUCAGGAGUUCGAGACCCAGCCUGGGCAACACGGUGAAACCUUGUCUCUACUGAAAUACAAAAAAUUAGCUGGGCAUGGCGGCAUGCACCUGUAGUCCCAGCUACUCAGGAGGCUGAGGCAGAAGAAUUGUUUGAACCCAGGAGGCAGUGGUUGCAGCGAGCCAGGAUCGCGCCACUGCACUCCAGCCUGGGCGACAGAGUAAGACUCCAUCUCCAAAAAAAAAAAAGAAGUGAGGUUGAGAUUGGCAUGGUACCAAGGCUUACAUGCUUUAGAAUAGAUCAGUGGUUAUUGUAUAAAUAAUUUUAUCCUAAAACAUUAUGACAUUUUUUGUUUCUUAUUGAGGGUAGAUAAUGUUAAUAUUAAACUACUAAUAGGAGGCCCUUAUCACUUCUCUUUUCAUUUUUUCCAUGCAGUGAUAGGUAUUAUUAGAAAAAAGUUAUUUGUUGAGUUACACCUAAGAGGAAGAAGUAACAUGUUGGAAAGUGGUUGGAGAUAGCACCCAAUUAACAUCGACAGCCAAGUCUUCUAUUUCAGAAUAUUGAUUUAUUUUGCUUUGGCUUUUGAUGCCAUCGUGAGAUUUAAGUCUGCAGUUUCAAAAGCUCAUGCUACUUAGAAGAGGUGAUUUUUGCAGCUUAAAAAAUUGCUGGUGACUGCAGUAUGUACACAGUUAAAAAGCUGUUCACUGCCCCUUUCAACCUUUUCAUUUUGAGCUUUACUAAGAGAAUGUUUUUAGGAACAGAAUUCCUAAAGUGUAAUUUUUUAUGUAUAAAUAAAGUUUUAUCUAUAUCUGAGAA